CUCCGCAGUGAUAGAGAGAGAGAAGAGAGAGAGAAGAGAGCGAAAGCGAGAGAGAUAGACCGGGGGGGAGCGUGUGUAGCGGAGAUGGAGAUACCAGGAGUGCAAUGGUUUACACUCCCAACCAGACAGUCGAGGGAGAAAGAAGAGUAUUCACACACUCGACUGCUUGGAUGCAUGAGGGACUGACAGCGGAGAAGCCUACCACAGACUCCCUUGCGGUCUCCUGUCAGACUCUCUGCCAGAAGAGAAACUGUUGGAUUACUGCAACCGACCGACCUAAAUUGUCACCAGAGCGGAGACAGGAGGACAACGUGGAGUGUCCGUAUUUACCCGGCACGGUCACAAGUAGCAGGAUUGAAGGACAGCAAGACAAAUCCCAUUCCCUCUGAACUCGAGGAUGACCUUCCCUCGCACCAAUAUCUUCACCCUUUCCGUUGGCGGAUAAAUUCUGCUAUCACAAAUGUCACGGUGGUCACACGCCAUGCCGAUUGGACACUCCACUAAUCUGCUCCACUCACGCAAUCUCCCGUUAUUGAGGGUUCAAGCAUGUUGAGGGGCCGAUGGGAGAACAGCGCUCGAUAUGCUUGUUUACUGCCUCUGGAAUCCAGCGUGUGGAUGAACGAGGCGAACAGCAAAGGCCUGCUCCAUUAGUGCUCCCAGGGGAAAGCAUGGGCCAGGACAACUGGCCGGAUGCGCUGACCUCGUAAGCACCGAUUACAGACAUGGUGGAGGUUUGAUCAAUCCAAUUGACUGACUGACCGACUGACUGAAACCCUCUUGGAAUAUGAGCUUGUGGAUAUAUCUCAGGAUCCCGACAUGAGCAAGUGGAGUCUGGUUGUUUGUGUGUCUCUCCUGGGCAGGAAUAACACGCAGUACGACAACAAGAAGAGGUGUUUCUGACAGCAUAAAUCUUCUCCCAGUAACUUUAACAUAGGUCUAUCAGAGGAUUUAAGAUUAUCCUUCUGAAAAAAGUCUGCACCCCUGCAGACGAACAGGUGCAUCCCUGCUAAGGAAAGGCCAGCUAUGUUUGGAUGUGAUGCUCAAUCAGACAGUUCCCACACAGACUCGCUGGCCUGAUUCCACCACUCUGCUACUCAGUCCUGGAGGCAAGGGAUAAUGCAUAUCAUCCCCUGCCCAAAGGAAGAAGCCACCAUGAGCAACGUUACAGUUACCGACAACACGGAGCCCCUCACCCGUACCAUGAGCCCGGCACCCUCUAGCCCCUACAGCUAUCCCGUUAGCUUCCAGGUGUCAGUCACGGGAUUCCUCAUGCUUGAGAUCCUCCUGGGCCUGAGCUCCAACCUUACCGUGCUGGCCCUCUACUGCAUGAAGUCCAACCUCAUCAGCUCAGUCAGCAACAUGGUGACCAUGAACCUCCACGUUGUAGACGUGCUGGUGUGCCUUUGCUGCAUCCCCCUCACCAUCGUGGUGGUCCUGCUCUCACUGGAAGGGGACACGGCCCUGGUGUGCUGCUUUCACGAGGCAUGCGUGUCCUUCGCCAGUGUCGCCACAGCCGCCAACGUGCUCGCCAUCACCCUAGACCGCUACGACAUCUCAGUCAAGCCGGCCAACCGUGUGCUGACCAUGCGCCGGGCCCUAGCGCUCAUGGCGGGCAUUUGGGUGUUAUCAUUCGUCAGUUUCCUGGUGCCCUUUAUGGAGGUGGGAUUCUUCGCGCAGGGACACGCUGAACUCAACCAGACGCUCGUGGACAAUGUGAUCCACUCCAACCAGUACUACACGGAACUCGGCCUCUAUUACCACCUGUUGGCUCAGAUUCCCAUUUUCUUCUUUACCGCCGUGGUCAUGCUCAUUACAUACUCCAAAAUUUUGCAAGCCCUAAAUAUUCGCAUCGGUACACGCUUCCACGCCUCUCAGAAGAAGAAAGCACGCAGAAAAAAGCGCCCGUCCAUGACGGCCAUGACACCGCAGCAAGAGGCCACGGACGCAUCCCAGAGCAGCGGCAGCCGCAACCCAACCACGCUGGGCAUGCGGACAUCAGUGUCGGUGAUCAUCGCCUUGCGCAGGGCCGUCAAACGCCACCGGGAAAGGAGAGAGCGACAGAAGCGAGUCUUCAGGAUGUCCCUCCUGAUUGUGUCCACUUUCCUGCUGUGUUGGACACCCAUCACGGUGCUCAAUACGGUCAUCCUCAGCCUGGGCCCCAGCGAUUUGAUGGUCAAAUUGAGACUGGGCUUCCUGGUCAUGGCUUAUGGGACUACCAUUUUUCACCCCCUACUGUAUGCCUUCACCAGGCAGAAGUUCCAGAAAGUUCUGAAGAGCAAGAUGAAGAAGAGGGUGGUGUCCAUCAUUGAGGCCGAUCCCACCCCCAACAAUGCCAUCAUCCACAAUUCCUGGAUUGACCCAAAAAGGAACAAAAAGGUGACAUUUGAGGACAAAGACGCUCAGCCGAAAUGUCUGUCUUCGGAGGAUGUGGAGUGAAAAUUACAUUAAGUCACUAUUUAAAUAGGGAAGUGUUUAUCCAAAACUCUCUUUUAUUUGUAAAUAACAUGUGCAAUAGGAUUUACAACAACAAUAAAAAAGAUAAUUUAUUACUAUUUAUUGAGAACAAAUGUAGGUUUCAUAGAUGGGACAUACUGUACAGUAAACUGUGCUGUAGGUAUUGCAUGGCUUUUCGUAAUUUGCAGCACAUUGUGUCUAUACAUGAUAUGUGUACAAUUUAGAACGGGGAAUAGGAAUUAUGUACUAUAUACUGUAUGCAUAUUUAUAGUAAUAAAUUUGCUCUCCACUCACUUAAAGUGGUAGAACAUUUCCUGUUAUCUCUCCAACCUCCAAGUCAAGUAGUUGUGACUCUCUAACAGCUGUGAGAUUACACUAAUCCAUCACUGUGCCGCAACACCCCACGCCCCCAAGAGAACACUGACCUUAGUGUCCUCUGAGGGAGAGUGGGUCCUCACACCAAAUUGAAAGUGAAGGUAUUAAAACAUUGAAAGUUUUGUGAUAGGAAAGGACAAGGGAAGGUUGAGCCGCUGACAUUCUGUUAACAAAUAACUGUUCGAUAUUAAAAGCAUAACUCCUCUGUGGAAAACUCAAUUGCCACAUUAAGAAGCAUCUUCUGUAGAGGUCAUGACAGAGAUGUGAAACAACAGUUCAUUGACAGCAAUCUACAAGCGCAAAUGCAAUUCUCAGGGGGAAAAAAACUGCAGUGGGAAUAAAAAGUAUAUGGACACUUUAAAAAAUGUUUAUAUUACUGCAUAUAUUGAUGAUAAAAUGCUGUCUGAUCUCUCAAUAUAAAAUAAAUCACAAUAAUAAACAACCUGCACCAACUAAACCUUAAACAUGUUUUCAUAUUUCAUACUGAAACAAAACAGACAACUUGGGAAUGUUGUUCAACUGCAGCAAAAUUCAUCCUGCUUGUUGUACACUUGAUCUGCAACGAUGGGAAUUGUUUGGUCAAGAAAAUUGCUAAGAAAUACAAUUGCUUUGAAAAAACACAAAUUUACAGUGCCUAUCAUAAGAACCCCCUUGGAUGUUUCCUCCUUUUAUUGCAUUCAUAAAUCAAUCAUGGUCAAAACAAUUUGGAUUUUUUACACAAACGGUUUGUUGGGGAAAAAAAAAAAAAAAAAAAACGUUUUAAUGUCAAAGUGAAAACAGAUUUCUACAGAUAAAUGUCAAUGAAAUAAAAAUAUAUAAAUGAAAAUAAUUGUUUGCAGAAUUAUUCACCCCCUUUAAGUGAGUAUUUCGUUGCUGCACUUUUGGCUUUAAUCACAGCAGUGAGUCUGUGUGGAUAAGUUCAAUCAGUCUUGUACAUCUUCCAACUGCAAUUUUGCUCCUGUGUAGCUUUUCCAGUUAGCUUUGGAUCAUUGUCUUGCUGGAAAAUAAAUAUUCACCCAAGACAUAGUACUCUGACAGACUCAAGAAGAUUGUGCCCCAGGAUUUCGGUGUAUUCUGCAGCGUUCAUUCUGCCAUCUAUCUUAACAAGCCUUCAAUCCCCACAGCAUGAUGCCGCCACCACCAGCUUCGCAGUGGGGAUGGUGUGUUUUUGGUGAUGCGCGGUGUUUGGUAUCCGCCAAACAUAACAUCUUGUCUGAUGGCCAGAAAGCUCAAUUUUGGUCUCGUCAGACCAAAGAAUCUUCUUCCAUUUUACCAUGGAGCCUUCCAAAUUGUCAUUUGUCAAUUGUCUUGUGUUCUGUGUGUCUAGUGCAGUGUUUUUUUUAACCUUUUUUGACUCACGGCACGUUUUUACAUUGGAAAAAAUCUCGCGGCACACCACAAACCAAAAAUGUUCCAAAAUUAUUUUCUGUACAGUAAAUUUAAUUAUAAAAUAAUUUCUCAGUAUGUAUACUUACUCACUGUGAAACUUGAGCCUGUUUAGAUUAACACAAAGUCAAUAUCCUUAUUCUUCAACAGCUCUCAGUCUUUGUUUUUUUUUUUGUUUUUUUUUUUUAUAGCAGUAAGGCUUGAAAAAACUCAGAAUUUUCAGACAGGGGGACUUGAGCAAUGUCUUUAACCACAUCAGGGCCAAGCAUCUCGCAGACACUGGCUUUGCAGGCAGGUAGUAUUAAUGUCUCUGUCACGGUGUGGGACUUUUUGGAUUUAGCGACAAGGUAACUGACUUUGAGGGAUUUCUCAUUUACCUUCGUAGUUUUUAUCACAAAAAAAAAAAAGGUUGCCUGUUUUGUCUGUGUUGUCACGAAGGCGAACAAAAUAGUCCAUCGACUUGUUUUGAAGCGACGGGUGUUUCGUUUGGAGAUGAUGUUUAAACUUGCUUGGCACCAUGGCGCUGUGCUGCUCGUGUCGCGUUCAAGAACUGCUCGGACUUUUAGCCAUUAGCCACCUUCCUGUUCUCAACAAUGUGUUGGAAUAUAACACAGGGGGAGGAUUGACGGUCUUCACAUAUGGAUAAAAUAGAAAGGACACUUUCGAAUAUAUCGACACAUGACGUGUCUAACCAAAUGAUGUGCAGUAGACGUGCUGGGGUCCACUUUGUCACGGACAGCAAGGCUAGAAAUCCAAGCAGUUUUUGAACACGACACGAGCAAUACUUUGCUCAUCUGCACCGAGGACUUUCUACCUACUCCUUCCUUCCUUCCUUCCUUCUGCAACUCCGUUCGACGACGUAAAAAAAUAUUGUGAUAGCACCGAAUGGGGAAAUAGAAAGGAGAUGAGUCGGUUAUGACUUUCCCACUCUAUUGUGGCAACAAUGGAAAAUAAUAAACAAAAUAACAGCGGCAUUAGCAACAUGCGACCGCUAACUUCGCUCUCACACGGUUCUCCCUCCCUUCUUGCUUGCAGUCUGAUGGCCCCUUCAAGGGCCCGCACAGUUACGGACAUUUCAAUAUCUAUAAAUGCAACAUUAGAUAAUUUCUCGCGGCACACCUGACGAUCUCUCACGGCACACUAGUGUGCCGCGGCACACCGGUUGAAAAACACUGGUCUAGUGUGUCUGGCCAUCGUGAUUACCCAUUGAUUUCACCUGUUGUUGCCUGCUUCUUGAGUCUUGACCCAUCAGCUGCCUCUUGCAUCAACCACCUGUGUCUCAUUGUUAAGCCUGUCGUGAUAUGCAAUAAGUCAAAUUAUCGCACGAUAAAUAAAAAUGAGGGCAGUCAUUUCCCGGCUGCAAUUUAUAGACAUGUGCGUGUGUACAUACAUUUGUGCAUGCGUGUGCUGCGUGCACUCGGCACGCGUGCAUUUUGAUUGCAUAUGAGACUGCAGUAGCUUUCACAGAUGUUUACUGGCUAUAGACGCACCCUAGAAUUAAAGUUCAGACAUACAAAAUAAGGAAACACUUCUAUAGUAACCAUUGUAAAACGUUAGCAUUGCUACAUUGAGGCUAAAGGGAAAAAAGACAAUGUACUAACCACUUUAGCCUGCUAUACUGUAAAACAUUGGCAGUCUUCUCCACAAUGCAAAAUUGCAGUUAAAAGGUGACACUUCAAACAUGAAAACUCGCUGGAUUAAAGAAUUUGCAAGCGAUUCGAACAAAAGGGGAAAAAAAUCUAUUACUGAUACCACAUGCAUGACGAAAGCAAAGAGCACUUUGUUUUUGUUUCUUUUUACUAAGUGUAAAGCUUUCGGUUAGUGGCUUAGCUUACUUCCGGUGAACAUUUCAAAAUAAAAGCAUGUCAUGUUCAGAUUUCUGGAGGCAAUCGCAUACACUACAGAUUUUACACUAAGAAUAAAUUUAAGAUGACACCCAUUCUGAAAAUCUGAUUGGAAAUGUUACUAUGAUGUAAUAAAUGAUAAUAAUUUGGCUUCCAAUUUGUUGCAUGCACACUUUGCAGGACAAGAUGAUAGUCAUUUUGGAUAAAAUUAACACUUUUGAUGGGCUCUAAUUUGUAGACAACGAAAUGACUUUGGGGUUCUCACCUGUUUCAUAUUCUGCACCUAACUAGCGCCUAACUAGCUUCAAAAUGACUCAUUAUGCAUUGUGUGUGUGUUUUUUUUUUUUUAAUAUUUGUAAGUUUUAAUAUAGUUUGUGUUUUAUUUAAGAAUAACAAUUUAUUGCAUUUGAAUCUGUGAUUUAUGAGGAUGUAUUGUCACUAUACCCGUGGUUGAAUCGGUUGAAAAAAAAAUACAGGCAUUAAUAUCGCAUAUCGACAAUAAUUAUGAGACAAUAUAUUGUCUACUAAAAUUUGUUAUCGCGACAGGCCUACUCAUUGUCUCGUUACCCCGAGUCUGUAUUUAAGUUCCCCAUGCGCUGUCUGCUCUUGUUGGGUCUUUAUCCCAGUGUUUAUUUCAGUGUCUGAGCCCCUCAUCUUCCUGUGCCAUCAUCCUGCUUGGUUUUCUGAUUCUCAGUGAAUUUUCAUGACAGUCUUUUGUUUGUCUUUCUGUUUUUUGCAUUUCAUUGUCUUUUGUUUGAACUUUGUUUUUGUCAACUUCAAUUAAAGCAUUUUUUUUAGUAUCCACCACCAUGCUGCCUUCCCUCUCCUUUUGUUUUCCCUGCGUUUGGGUCCUCCAUGCCCGUGCGGAGUCCUGACACACAUGCGUUUUGGCAAACUCUAGUCAAGAUCUAAUAUGACAGCAGUGACAUUGCUGUGUGCAGACAUACAAGACUGAUCGAGACUUAUCCAGACAGAUCCAUUUCUGUGAAGUACGUGUAAAUGACAACAAAAUGAUAACAACCGAAAUACACUCUUACAACAGAAGCAGACUUACAAUGGUAGAUACACUUUGAUACACUUCUAUUUCUGAUCGUCUUGGCUCAGAAGAAAUUUUGUGUUGUUGUGUUUAAAAUAAUGUUAAUAAGCAUCACUUAUUCAUUCUUAUUAGCUCUUAACAAUGCUUAUUACUGGGAUGGUAAUCUGAAGUGUUACCAUUUAAAAUUUAAAUAAACGAUAACCAGGUCGAGUGGAUAGCUUGCACUCUAAAUCUUUCCUCCAGUAUCACUUUUGCCUCAAACUCCUUGCUUGUUUAAAUAUUUUGCACUUUAUAAGUAAUGCAAAAAAAAUCUGCCCAAGAGUGACAGACAUUAUUGAUAUUGACUGAUUUAUAUAUUUCGCAUUGUUUUGGAUUUGCAAAUACAUUUCAGUUGUGAUUUCUAACAUCAGUCUCGCAUUCAUUUUCCUUUCACUGGUCAUUUUAGGUUGUUUUUUUAAUACCCGCGGUUUAAACAAACUCUGAAGCAGCAGAAUGAAGAAUUGCUCUCUGCAGAAUUUAGGGAUUUUUUUUCUUGUCGUUUCCCUCUGUUGUUCUUAUACUGUCAUCUGAUUAGUUAAGAAUUUCCACAUGGUAUAACCCCUGCUCCUCAUGUUCACCCAAUCUGCUUCACCCAGCCAUUCAUUUCUUGUCUCAGUGUUUCUCAUCACCUUGUUUGUAUUUACUUCCUCAGCCAUUGUCAUUGUCGAAUCUGUAUCCUUAUUGAAUUCCGUUGGUCCGGUUGUGUUUUUCCUCCCUCUUGACUUUUUGUAUUUUUGGAAAUAAAUCUUUUUCGAACGGGCCAACUCUUUCAAAAUAUGUCCUAUUUUAGGUUAAAUCAGUGCUUCUCAAUUAUUUUCUGCGACGCCCCCCCAAACAAGACGUAAAUGUUUCGCGCCCCCCCAAACUCUCUGCCGCCACUGUAAAUAGUAUUAUUUGUCUAUAAAAUUACUAUCAUAAAUACGCAUCUGCCUAAUAUUGUGUCCCUUUUUUCUAAUAAAGAAAAAAAGUAACAUCGAUCAACUUAUAAUAAAGUAUAACUUUAUUAACAUUGUUUUGUUUGUAACAGAGAAGACUUGACGUGCAUCAAUUUGCCUGAAUUUAAAAAAAGUCACAUUCAAACUGUAAAAAUACACUCAAGGUACAUUUUUGACCAUUUGAUACUGAAAAAUAAAAUGUACUAAAAUAAGUAAACAAUAACAAAUUCAAAUUGAUUAGAAACAUUCACUCAUGAGGACAAUAUGCCAAAAAAUUUGACCGAAAAAACAAAAAUGAAUAAAGGAAAAAAAGAGUGUCCUUGGACAGAAGAACAGUUUUUAUUUUUGCUGCUCACACUCAGUAUUACCUCCUUUGCAAUUGUGUGGAGUCAUUUUGCAAUGAGUAUGCUAACAAUGCUCACUGGUUUACUGAUAUAACACUGACAAAGCAGGACGAUUGUUGGCAAUAUUCGGCACGUUUUCGCUGAAAAACAAUCAAGCGGCUUAUCAAUGAGAUUGGGGUCGAAUGUCUUUAAGUGGCGUCUUAAUUGAUUUGGCUUCUGGCGGUCCGCUAUAAUUAUUUUUAGACACAGUAAACAGUCUUUCCUCAUCACCCACAGUAUUAAAAGUCCAAGCUAAAAGGCAAACGGCACGAACAAAGCGCAUUCUCGGCAGCCGAGGUAGAACCGUAGGUGAGGGCGGUCGUCGUAACGAUCCCAAGCCGAAAAUGGCACUUAUCGGGCGGCGGCGUGAGAACCGGACAAGACAGUGGGUCGCUGCGUAAGUGAGUCCGGUCGGAAAACGGCUUUCGAAAACGGCGGCGGCGCACUGCUCUUCAUAUUUGUUUUCUGUGUGAUGAGUGCUCUUCCUUAGUUCAAAAAUACUGCACGCACUCUGAAAAUGAGAGCGCCACUGCCACCCACUGAGUGGAUGCGCAAGUACACUUUAUUCCAGUACGGCAGAAAAAAAAAAAGAAAAAGCAUGUUCCCCGAGGUCACAUGCGCCCCCCCUGGCAUCGCUCUGCGCCCCCCGAGGGGGGCGCGCCCCACUAUUUGAGAAGUACUGGGUUAAAUGAACGUGAAUGUCCCAAUACUUUUGUACACAUAAUGAGUAUACAAAUAGUAGACUGUCUCGGAAUAUGGUAGUGGUGAUCAGUCCCUGGUUAAACUGAACCUUGGCUCCCAUUCCAUCCGUGCAAAGCAGCACAGAAUAAACAUUAGAGCUAAUGAAUGUUCACCCACUAAUAGCACAGAGGGGAACAAUUGAAAGUGUUUUGUGUUUUUACCAUAAUACUACUCCUAACAACCCUACUCACAUAGCUGCCAUAACCUCAUCUCCCAGGCCUGAUAAAUGAUUCCUUUAGCGAGGUACACACAUACCAAUAGUGUAAGAUUUCGACCUCUAAAAGUCAGCAAAGGUCUGAUUAUUUGAUGUCCCAAAGAUUAUCCUCACAGAUUAUCCUAGAAUGUUAAGAGUUUUUUGUAAUCACAAAUAAUGGUGUUUAAGUGUCUACCACAAUGUAUUCCACCAUAUACCCUUUAAUUGUUUUGCACAGUGAUGCAAAAAGUGUGUUUACGAGUACCAGUAGUAGUCUGUGGGCUUCCUUUCAUGGUACGUGCAAGAGUCUUUGUAAACAUAUUGUUCAGUUGUCCUUUUUUAUUACGACAAAUUUAUAUACACUCUCUAAAAACUUUUUUAAGAGGUACUUAAGUCAUUUUCCAAUAUUUUGAACUGUUUCAUGCAUAAGAAAGAUCAAAAUGAGAGUGUGUCCUGGUUGAAGUGUGGAAUCUGUGUAGUUUUUUUGUUGUUUUUUUUUUUAAUUCACGUGGCAUUUGCAAGUGAAUUCUUUCUGCAAGUAGUAACUGUCACAUCACACCACACCUUAUUAUUAUUAUUAGUAUGUGCCCUCCUCAUUCUUACCCCACGGCCGCUAAUAUCGGGAGCGCUAAACACUGAGAAAAGCCUUCUGGAGGGUUUCCACUUCCUGUUUUUAAAAUGCGCUGUGUUGGCUUUACAGUGCGUAAAUAAAGCAUUAUUUCAAUCUA